ACUGAACAUUUUUUUUUUCUUUCAUUGAUUUUCAGUAAACAUAUACAAACGUAAACAUCACAAAAGCAUGUCACGGAAACAGGAAGACAAAAGAAACAAACACGGCGGAGUUUUCUGGGUAACAGAUCGGAGUCCGAUCUGGCGGAUCCCACCCACGAGAUCAAGCCUAGAUCAUUCCCCUCACUGCCUCCCCAAAAAGACUCCUCUGUUGCAGGAAAAUACCUAACAAAAGGAGGCUGAAAUAUCGCCGGAAUCAGCUCGGUUUUCUUCUCUCCCCUUUCCCCGAAACCCAGAACAAUGACUCCCAAAUCAAACUCCAAAAAGACCCCCCCAGAUCAACCACAACCAAUCUCCCAGCAACAGACCCGAAAUCAACCCAAAUCAAACUCCAAAAUCAGAAACCCCGGCCUCAAUACCAGAAGAAAUCCCCUUCCAGCUCCGAAAAUCAACUAGAAAAACCCCCCUUCUAUUGCUCUCGAAGCUCAGCCGAAACUCCCCAACAAAACAGACCCAAAAUCAACCAACCACCGCCUUUCAAUCUGAUUUUUCUCUAUAUAUAUACCCGAAUAAAAGAUAAAAUAAAUAAUAAAUAAUGAAAAAAGGCCUUGCUCUGUCAAUCAAUAAUGAUGAAGAUUUUCUGGCAGGUACUGUAGCGAGCAGAGGGCAUGAUUGCUGGCGCAGAGUGCAGGCGUGCAAGCAACGUGGGUUCGGCGCAGCAGACGAAAGGGCUGGUUCGGUGCAGCAGCAGGGGCGUAGUGGCAUGAUGGCUCGGGUGUGCAGGGGCAGAGUGCAGGCGAUCUGGUGCGAGGCAGGUGCGCGGGAAGCAAGGCGUAGGGCGCGGGGCAUAGGCGCGGGGCGUGGGCGUGGGCGUGGGCGUGGGCGUAUGGCUGCCGGCUGGUUUGGGUGUGAGGGGAAGAAUGUUCUGGAAAGAGAGAACAAAUACUUUUUUAAAAAUUUUUUGUUUUUUGGUUAAAUGGUUUUUUUUUUGUUGGGUUGGGUUAAAUGGGUUUUGGUUCUUUGGGUUUUUGGGCUUUUGGGCUUUUGGGUCUGAGACUUUAAAUCAAAAUGGGUUGGUGUUGGGUUUGGUUUGAGUUUUGGAGUGGACUUUGGGUUUGAUGGGUUUUGGGUUUGGGUUUGAGAAAUGGACUAGAUUUAUAGCUUAAAGGAUUUCAUCCCCAAACUUUUGAUUUCUUCAAUUGAGUCCCUUGUUUCUUUCUUCUCCCACUUUUUCGUGAAAUUUCCUUUUGCUUGCAAACCUAAAAAUGAAAGUGAAAUUGAACA